UGCAUACAUCAAGUUGGUCAGAGUGUUUUGUUUUAUGAUCUUCCAAUCUUCCAUUUGUAUUUGUACAUUUUAUGAUUUUAUGCGCCAAAAGCCAAAAGGUUGCUUCAUGGGAUUAUAACUGGUAACUGGUUUUGAUUGUUAUGAAAAAUAAAAUAAAAAAAUGCCUCGUAAAUCUCAGACUUCAUCACAAAGUCAGCGACUAACACAAACCCAAAGUCAACGAGUUUCACAAGAAUAUGAGGCACAUGUAAAUAUACAAGAUCAAGUGAAUGAUUUGGUUCGUUAUUUUGUAAAUAGAGCAGGAGAGCAUGUAUCGUUUAAAAGAGCAGAAUUAAAGAAAAAUGUACUGCCUAAAUGUGGACAAAACUUUCAAGAUAUCCUCAACCAAGCUGUCACAGUUUUGCAACAGGUUUAUGGAUACAAAGUAAUUGUGGUAGAUCCCAAACAAAAUUCUACAAAAUCUUAUAUUAUAAGUAAUGCAUUACCAUACAUUCCGGAUCCUACAGAAACACUCAUACAUGAUGAGUAUCCUGAAGAUGUAAAUAAAAUUCUUACCUUGUUAAUUUUAUCUCAUAUCUACAUGAGUGAUAAUGCAGUUAGUGACCAUUCACUGUAUAGUUUUCUAAACUCUUUUGGUAUUGGUGUAGAAAGAAGACAUGAAGUUUUUGGAAAUGUAAUGGACUUUAUAACUGGAACUUUAAAAAAUAAGAAGUAUAUAAAUAUGGAGACUGAUCAGUUGUCUAAGAAAGUUUCAUUUUCUUGGGGUGUCAGAGCUGAAAAAGAAAUAUCUAAGCAUGAUAUAUUAAAAUUUGUUUGUAAAAUGUACAAGUCAACAAUGCCAAGUUCCUGGAUCGCACAGUACAAAGCUGCAAAUGAACAGAAUUUAUGUAAUCAACAAAAUGCUAAUGAUGUUGAACAGCCUACACAAAAUGCACAAGCAUGAUGCUUGAAACGAUUAUAGUUUAUAUAUUUUUUUAAUAAUAUGUUUUGAUAUUUA